AUGAAUGCCCGACUAGACUUUGCUUUUUGUACCUCGGUUGCAGCCAGCUCAUUAGGCCGGGGGGUUACAGCACAACUGACAUUCCCUCGUCUCUCAUUUUCAGAAUUUGGUACCGGCUGCUGCCAACUCGGCCGGCUUCGAGAUAUUCAGUUGGGAGUUAUGCCUAUCGGUUGGCCGGCCGAACCGCCCCCAACGGUCAGGCCUGAGCAGGUGAAAGGCCGGUUUCGGUGA